UUGGACCCAAAAUCCAAACAUUGGUGCUUGAUGGGAUGUAAGCGAGUUGAACUCGAUUUGAAGCUCCAACCCAAGAAGUAUGCCGAGAGGUCUCGAUUAGAUAAAAACGGCAAUGACUGGAUAAGUCGGCUCCCGAACGACAUCCUCAUCAUUAUCCUGUCUUUGGUACCGCUCAAGGAAGCCGCAUGUACAACCAUCCUCUCUUCCCGAUUUAUAAACCUAUGGAAACACAUCCCUUCCCUCAACUUCUAUGAGGACAAUCUAAAGCACUUGGAGUUUUACUGCUUGUACCAUGUGAAGUCUAUUAGGAUUUCAGCACCGAAUCUUAGUGUACUAAUUGUUGAUAGGUUGAAGGUGGUUCGGCUGGAGAAUGUUCCGGUUUUCUCUGAGGUGUCGGUUAUUUGCGGGAUGGAUUCUAUCGAGUGUUUGUUUCCUACAAUUGCUUGUUGCAUUUCGCGACUGAAGAUGCUUACCUUGGAGCUGAUCGGCUUGGAGAAAAAUAUAGAUCAUUGCAAGUUUCCCGAGUUGCCAAUGCUAAAGAAACUGGAAUUAAUAUGGUUCCAAGAUUCCCAAGAUCCAUCAUGGCCUUGCAGAAACUACAAAAAUUACGAAAUAGAGCUUCCUCACGAGCACUUGAAAUGGUUUGAAUCUUGUGGAUAUCAUGGCCGCUUCCUAGAUGUUGGAUUUGUGAGGUACAUUGUGGAAAAUUUUGUCAUGCUCAAGAAUUUAGUUAUAGAUACAAGUUACUUGGGUUGGGCAACUCGAACCUGUGAAGUACUCGAACGAGAAAAAAGUUGCAAGGAGUUACGUAAAGCAACAGCUUGAAGGAAAACUACCUCAACAUAUAGACUUGGUCAUAAAUGAACUUAAGCCUUAUAGAAUUAGUUAACUAUUAAUCAUUAUUAUUGGUAUUUAUGUUUUUUAUUUGUCUAAGAAAUUUACAAUUUUUCCAUUUCAUUAUAUUGAAUUUCAGUGAAAUGCUUUUGAAUAUUCCAUCAUUGAGAUAUAUUUCUUCGUAUUUUUUAA